AAUGAUCCUGUGGAGAUAAGUUCCGUGACAUAAUAGUGCUAAAGUUGUGUAAUAGAGGCUGUACUGCAAAGAUGUAAUUACGACAAACAAGUCUAAGCUGACAGCAACCCAAACAAGUUAAAAACAACUUGUAAUAAGCAUUAAAACGAACAGACACAAUGUGGAAGUCAUUAUUUUUCGUACUGGCAAGCUCGUGGCUAGUGAGCUGCGUGCCUCCCCCACACCCUGCUGUGAUCCAAGCCAGGCGGGAAGAAGAGUUCCUACCACAGCACCUUCGGAGCAGAGCCCUCUACAACCCUCACCUCAGAGAAGUCCUUCCGCUGUCAAGUUUACUCCAUAGCGGAGAGCAGUUGGUGUACGAAAGAGAAUCAGACAAAGUGCCUCGCACCAAGAUAUACAACCUUCUUACUCACUCUGGGCUGGUACCGCGUCAGUUCCAUCAGCAUCCUCAGUUCCAGUUCCAUCAAUUCCGCCCCGCGCCGCAGUUCCACGCUCCACAGUUCCACAGCCCUCCGGUGUUCCACGAUCCGCCUUUCUUGCCCAACCCAGAUGUACUACAACGAUUGUAGAUAUCCGCUAUAAAAUCAAUAGGUUAUUUAUGACUUCAAGUAAACC